UUGCGACGGUAUUACAUUCUUGGAAUAUUUAAAUAUUUAUUUAGUUGUACAAUCCAUACAAAAAUAUAUUUCCUUGUACUAUCAAUUUAUUUUUGUUAAGGUAAUUAUUGUAUUUCCUAAUAAAUGUAUAAUCCCUUAAAUAUUUUUCCAAAAGAAUAUAUAUUUAAUUUAUUUUCAUACCAAACAAUUGUACAAAUGUGUCUUUUUAUUUUUAUCUUAAUUUCAUGGUUUUUAAUUGGACGAGCAUUAUAUAAUUUUUUUUAUUUUUUAUUUUUUUUUCUCUCUUCUGCACUUCCUUCUGUCCUCAGGGAUUCUUCAUUGAGAGACCACAAACAUACCUUUUAAGCUAUACUCUCCUUAAUUUUUCUCAAUCAAAUUAGGGUUUUGUUUAUCUUUCUUGGGCACUAUUUACGAACCACAUUUACCCAUCAACUGUUACCACAAUUUCGCUAUCUGUUUCUUCACCAAGUUCCGACCUUUAGGGCUUCUCGAUUUGUUUCAUUCAUGAGUUCUUUAUUUAUUUUUUGCGGCAGAUCAGAGCUCGGAUUGGCUGUGAUUGCGUGAUUUCAGCUUGUUGGGUUGCUGGGAAUUUCAAGCUUGUUGACUAAUGGUGCUUAGAGUGUCCGCUAUCGGGUUUUUUUAGGAGUUUCGCGUACAAGUUUGUUGAAAUUCCGUGAUUUUUUUGAUAAAAUUUUGAUUUUUGGGGCUCGAUUCUUAUUUGGUGACUCUGCAUGUUGCAAGCAUUGCGGGGUCCUCUGUACAGGCGAAGAGGAUCCCAAAAUUGAGGUCUUAAUUCUUAAAUCGUUGUUUUUUGAAGUUUGAAUCAUACAACCGUGUCUGCAGCGACUGUAGCCGUUGAAGAAGUAUCACAGUUUGCAAGUUUUGGACUAAUUUUGGGCGUGUGCGAUAGUAAAUUUGGGGUAAAAUGUUUAAACCUGGUGCAGAUGGUGGACGUGACGAUAGUGGAGCUUCAAGACCCGUUUUGAUUCCAAUGCGGUUCGUGUGGGCUUAUGGGGGAAGAAGCGUCUAUCUUAGUGGCUCAUUCACUAGGUGGUCUGAGCAUAUACUUAUGUCUCCAAUGGAGGGUUGUCCAACUGUGUUUCAAGUAAUUUGCAACUUAACUCCAGGAUAUCACCAGUACAAGUUUAUUGUCGAUGGAGAAUGGCGGCAUGAUGAGCUACAGCCCUUUGUGAGUGGAACCAAUGGGACAGUAAACACCGUUUUUUUAGCUAGAGAAUCAGAUAUGAUCCCGACAAUUGUUUCUCAGGCUCCUGGCAGAUCUAACAUGGAGCUCGAUGAUGUCUUCUUACGUCCUGAUACAAUUCCAAGGAUAUCGGAUGCUGAUUUGAAAGUUUCUCGUCAACGGAUAUCCGUGUUCUUAUCAGGACAGACUGCAUACGAGUUACUGCCUGAAUCGGGCAAGGUUAUGGUCUUGGAUAUUAAUUUACCGGUGAAGCAAGCAUUCCAUCUCCUCUAUGAACAGGGAAUCCCUGUGGCUCCUCUGUGGGACCUCUGCAAAUAUCAAUUUGUUGGAGUUCUAAGUGCAGUGGACUUCAUCCUGAUCCUAAGAGAGCUAGGAAAUCGUGGAUCUAGUUUGACAGAAGAAGAAUUAGAAACGCAUACAAUAGCAGCAUGGAAGGAGGGCAAAGUACAACUUAACAGACAAAUAGAUGACAGAGAAAGAGCUUCUCAUCUCAUCUCUGCUGGGCCUUAUGAUUCACUGAAAGACGUUGCUUGCAAGAUUCUGCAAAACAACAUCUCAACAAUUCCCAUCAUCCAUUCUUCUGGACAAGAUGGUUCUUUUCCGCAGCUACUGCAUCUUGCUUGCCUUUCUGGAAUACUGAAGUGUAUAUGCAGACAUUUUAGACAUAGCUAUAGUUCCUUGCCAGUUCUUCAGCAACCAAUUUGUACAAUUCCUUUGGGCUCCUGGCUUCCAAAAAUUGGUGAAUCUAGUGGACGGCCAUUUACAAUGCUGAGACCAAAUGCUUCUGUUGGUGCUGCCCUGUCUUUGUUACUGCAAGAUGAUGUCAGUUCAAUACCAAUAGUGGAUGACAAUGACUCAUUGCUCGAUAUUUAUUCUCGAAGUGAUAUUACUGCUUUGGCAAAGGAUAAAGCCUAUGCUCAGAUUCAUCUUGAUGAAGUUACUAUUCAGCAGGUACUGCAACUGGGACAAGAUGCGAAUUCUCCUUAUGGCUUCUUCAAUGGACAGCAGAGAUGUCAGAUGUGUUUGAGUUCUGAUCCUCUGCAAAAAAUUAUGGAGCGAUUGGCAAACCCUGGGGUUAGAAGACUUGUUAUAGUCGAGGCCGGCAGCAAGCGUGUACAAGGGAUCAUCUCAUUGAGUGAUGUGUUCAGGUUCUUGCUUGCUACCUGAGAUCUUGGCCACCGAACUGCAUAGAGGGGGGGUGUCCAAUGGUGGCUGGGACAAAGAACUAAUGUAUUUGAAUGGGGCCAAUUGCCCCUGCGGAGAUUUUUACAAGACUAGGAUUGAUUUCAAAACAAUAAACAAAAACCCAAACUGAAAAGGAAGAAAAACAAUAAUGAAAAAAAAAAUCUUGGAUUUUC